AUGAGUUUCUUCCUUAGCUUGCUUCCACAAUAUGCCGAGUUUGUAUACCCGUUGAAUCCGAUAAUCUCGCCCCCAGAGAUGGAGGAAGCCAUCAGAAACAUGAAUCAAAGUAGCGAAGAUGCCGCCCUUGUCCAUGCCUUUGCGGCUAUAACUAUCAAUCGGAUGCGGUCAUCGUGGGCUCUUCAUAAGGGUGUUGCCGUGCAAAUGACCGAAUUAGUCCGGUGCAGCACUAGAGCCUAUCGAACAUACGAACUCGAUUGGGACGAUGAAAAAGAUGACGAUAUUCUUAAGUCGUUGCCUGUGACCGCAAAACGCAUUCUUACUUGUGUGUUCUUGAGUGUCUGCGCACUGACACUAGGAAGGGUCGACCGCAGCUUUGCCUGGCUUCGUGAAGGUAUUACCAUGUUUCAGGCCCUUGAUUUCGUGCAGAACUUCCCAAGCGGACCAAACAAUGCAGCGAGAUGGCAAAGGCUCUACUGGGAACUGUUUCUACAUGAAAGACAUGUGGCUCUUCUUCCGUCUUUUGGUAGUGUCUUACCGGCUCCAAGCUGGGGACCUCCAGUUAGUGAUACGAGUAUACCGGGCCACAUCGACCUCGGAUUUCGUCGCCUAGUCAAUCUCUUUGCCAUUUUGGAUGAUAGGUUUCUUGCUCACUGGCGCUCACAACAAAACCGCUCCACUGAGCAGUCCACAGAGUCGCCUUUGACAACCCAGUGGAUAGAGGACAAGCACAAGGAGUUGGAUGAAGAUGCAGCUGGUACAGCCGAGGAGGAACGGUUAUCAAAGGAAAGAGGAAGCAGUGGUCUGACAGAACUCCAGCAUAUCGACCUUGUGAUUACCAGGUUAUGGCUACGGACUCUGCUCUGGCAGCUUGCCUUAUCUCAAGGUCUUCUUGCUUCCACGACCUCCUCCACAAACCACGAAGGACUUUCAUUUCAGUUCCCAAUCAGCAACCUUUAUACGGAGUUCCGAUCAGUAUUUAGCCGUCUUCAAGAUGUCACCAGCGUGGGCUUUCACGGGAUGGGGAUGCUUGAGAAGCUCUUCGAGAUAACCAGCACCAUCGCUGAUGUCAUGGUAGUGACCAGCCAAUCCGCCCAGAUUGAAGACGAAGAUAUUUCACGAGUAGAAUAUUUGUUGUUCCUCUUCAAGUUUCUUGCAGGAUUCGAUGCGGUUGCUUCAAAACAGAGAAAUUACUUACUUGAGAAGCUGCAAGCUAUGAAAGGCAUGUACACUAUGAUAGACUUUGACGGUGUCGUUUUAAACAACAUGGGCGGUUCCAGUGGUAUCGAUGCCAGUCCCGGAUCCCAUUACUCUCCACCCUAG